GUGGUGAGUGUGUGCUCCGUGAUCCGGCUCCGACCGGUGGUCUUAGGCGUCCGCUCUCACCUGGGUCGUCGGCUCUAAUCCGUCUCUUUUCGAAUGCAGGUGGCAGAGCCGCCAGGAUGCAGAUUUUCGUGAAGACCCUUACGGGGAAAACCAUCACGCUCGAGGUUGAACCCUCGGACACUAUAGAAAAUGUCAAGGCCAAGAUCCAGGAUAAGGAAGGAAUUCCUCCUGAUCAGCAGAGGUUGAUCUUCGCUGGCAAGCAGCUGGAAGAUGGCCGUACUUUGUCUGACUACAACAUCCAAAAGGAGUCCACCCUUCAUUUGGUGUUGAGACUUCGUGGUGGUGCUAAGAAAAGGAAGAAGAAGUCUUACACCACCCCCAAGAAGAACAAGCAUAAGAGGAAGAAGGUGAAGCUGGCUGUACUCAAGUACUAUAAGGUGGAUGAAAAUGGCAAAAUUAGCCGUCUUCGUCGGGAGUGUCCUUCUGAUGAAUGUGGUGCUGGAGUUUUCAUGGCCAGCCACUUUGACAGACAUUAUUGUGGCAAGUGCUGUCUGACUUACUGCUUCAACAAGCCAGAAGACAAGUAGUUGUGUAUGGAUAAAUAAAAAGACAGGAAUUGA